AUGAAUAUGGGUGACGCCUGCCACCCGUACGAGCCGUUCAAGUGCCCUGGCGACGGCAACUGCAUCUCCAUCCAGUACCUGUGCGACGGCGCGCCCGACUGCCCCGACGGCUACGACGAGGACUCGCGGCUCUGCACCGCAGACUCUGACGGACCCACGGACCCGAAAGAGCGUUGUUCGCUGGCGGUGGGUAACCGGCACGCGCGCGCUGACCACGCAGCCAAGCGGCCGCCGGUGGAGGAGACGGCGAGCUUCCUGCAGUCGCUGCUGGCCAGCCACGGCCCCAACUACCUGGAGAAGCUGUUCGGCAACAAGGCUCGCGACGCCCUGCAGCCCCUCGGCGGCGUCGAGAAAGUGGCCAUCGCGCUUUCAGAGUCGCAGACGAUCGAGGACUUCGGCGCGGCGCUGCACCUGAUGCGCAGCGACCUGGAGCACCUGCGCUCCGUCUUCAUGGCGGUGGAGAACGGCGACCUGGGCAUGCUCAAGAGCCUGGGCAUCAAGGACUCGGAGCUCGGGGACGUCAAGUUCUUCCUCGAGAAGCUCGUCAACACCGGCUUCCUGGACUGAGCGGCUCGCGCCCGUCGCUCCUCGCCCCUCCCCCCUCUCCCCACCCACCGCCCAGCCCCCGCCUCCGCCCCCGCCACGCCGCUCCCGGUGAUGGUCCUUCGCUCUUUCUACAGCGCGCUCGCGGCAGCUACCUUCAGCUGUUGCGUUCCCACUCAUCGUUGACGAUCUCGCGUUUUAUUUACGAAUGCUGCCUCUCUCUCUGUAUCGUGAAGGUUCUUCUCUGAUCGAAUCUUUACCGAAGCUCUCUCGUCCUUUCCAUUUCUUACUUCGUGUUGAAUUUUACUUUUUCUUCUCUUUGCAAAAAAUGUACUUCUAUACCUGUGCGAGCGUUCCAUUAGAAGUCAAUCAUUAAAAAGAAUUCUAGUAGAGAGAAUUUACUCGUACUUAGAAAGUAAAUCUUAUUCCGUCUUUUAUAAUUUCUACGUGUUAUUAAUAUUUUUCUAGAAGCAGAGUUUGUACAGAGGGAAUGGCUCACAAAGGCGACUUUCUGCGGAUUUUAUUAGAAAGAGCUUGGGACUGUGAUGAAAAGGGAUGUUUGGAUGAGUGGGGCGAGCAGAUCUCACCCCGGCAAAAAUGAUGUCUAUUUUCUGUUCCAUGAUUUAUUGACAAUGCUCUGCAUACACUUCUAAACUCCACCAUUGAUGAUUUAUUUAACUGAUUAUCCCUCAAAUUCUUCAAGUUUGUCUUUUGUAAAAUUUAUUUGAAAAUUUGUAACUUAAGUAUCUUAAAGUGGGUCUUUAUUUGAAUUUCUUGUCAUACAAUUGUGAACUGAUUGAAAUGAGAUUAAUAUUUUUAGUUUGCAUUUAUUCAUCUCCAAGUCUAUCAAUCAACUAGUAACAAUCAAUGUAAAUUAAUGUUCAAAUAGAGUUAGAAAAUUAGGCUUUUAUAAUUAUUUUGACAAAAAUGUUCUUAGUAUAUUCUUGCAUACUAAUAAAAUCAUUGAGAAAUGAUUUUCAUUAGGUGAACUUCACAAAUACAUACGGUGAUGAUCAGAAAAUUUGUACAUCAUUACAAAUCUCAUUCAAUAUGUGGAAGAUUUCCUAUUUCCCCAUUAUUUUUAUUAUAUUUAGUAAUUUGAAUGCCAAAUGCACACAAGUAUUUAUACUUUGAAUUCAUAUGUUUAGACAAGAGUUAGAUGUAAAAUAAAACAGCAAAUAAUGUGAAAUAAAUACAGUUCAUAAUCAAAGAUUCUAAGAAAUAUAGUAAAAUCUUAACAUAUUUUUUCAGAGUGAGUAUGUCCAUACAGGGAAAUUAGGAGCAGUGUUACUUCCAUGUUAAGUAUUAUGAGUGAACUCUCUUACACAUCUCUGCCAUUCUGAAUUCACAAAAAUAUAUGCAUCUAGUGAUCUCUAUGUCUAGUAUGAAAUGUGGAGAAUCAAUGGAGACUGACUUGUUAACGCUGUGUGCACUAUAGCUGGUGCUGCGCCUCUCCCUUCCUGGAACCAAGACAUAGAGAUCUCCCAGAGCCCCUUAGUGUAGUGGAGUAUCUGUCAACUGUUCUACAACUUGACUAUUUAGAUAUUUCUGUCGUGUUUGUAAUAAGCUUCAAUUUACUGUAUCAUUAUGAAUUGUUUCAUGAAAUGAAAAGCCUUAAUAUGUAAGGAAAGCAGAAAAGGAUGAAUACAUUAAUUUGAAAAGAAUGUUUAUUCUCUUUCAGCUUUGUAAAUAUAGCAAAUGUUAUGUUUGAGAGAGUUCUCCUCCUCAACCGUAAGAAGAAUAUUGUGGUAAUCUGUCCCGUCUACUCCUCCUUGAAGGGAUGAGGUCAGAAAAAUGUGAUGAUACAAAUGAAGAAUGAUAGUGUCCUACAAAGAAAUGGAGUAGAAGUGUGUAGUCACUAAAAUUAUAACACCACAUCGUGAUAUGAUAUCACUUUUAUCAAAAUAUAAUUGUUGUGUAAUGAAAAUAAAAUGUUACUGUGUGUCCAGUUUUUUAAAAAAAUGAAUAAUCGAUGUUAAAAAUAAUAUUGAAACCAAAGUAUUUUUUACAGUUCAUUUGUCAUGUAUUUCUUUAGAUAUUUUUCAGCCAUACUCUACAUGGCAAAGUGAUAUUUAUGGGUACAUAAAUUUUUGCUUGUUUUCAUGUUUCUAUGUAAAAAUUUGUAAACAGAUAUGAUGAUUUGUGAAGAUAACAAGGGUCCAUGCAUGUGUGGCGAUAUAAUGUGUAAAAUUUUUCAAUGUUUUCAAUACUAGAAGCAACAUCAACAUUUCUCUUUCAAUUAAUAUGUGGAACAUUGACCUCCAUAAACAUUUUUAUGCAAGCUAUUCUGUAUGUACAUAUAGAUAUAUACAUUAAUGUGUAAAAAAAGGUUAAGAUGUAAAGCAUUUGUGUACAUACAACCAAAAAAACAAGCAUUUUUGGCCUAUAUUCUAAGAAUUAUAUGAAAAAAAUUAGUGAAACAAGAAACACCAAUGACACUUUCUUGUUAACGUUAUGACUAAGCAACAAGCCCUUUAUGUUAAUUCUGUACUGAGAGACCACUGAAAUCUCUCAAAAGCGUAAUGUUUCUUAAAAUAUAUGAAACAUCACACUAAAAUUAAUGAAAUCUUAAGAACCAUUAAUAUAUCCAUGCUUGUCUGAUUUGGUACUAAUACUGAUAGCAGAUUUUCAAAUAUUACUGUGUCUUUUUUUCUCUUGCUACUGGUACUAAUGUUAAUUCAGUGUUCUUUAAAUGGUAUUCUGUCAUCUAAAGUGCUAUAUUUGUGUUCUAGACACAGCAAGAUUUUAUCUCAUUGGUAAUGUUGCUAUUGAAAAUGGCUGGAUAACGAAUAUCAGGAAUCAUCACCGUAUUAUAAGAAUCCAGUCGGUAGGAGGGAAGUAAGCAUAGAUCAUUUAUGAUUAUGGCAAUUAUAUGAAAUAUACAUCUAGAUAACGACCUGACACGAAACGUCCAUUCCAUUCCAAGUAUACCACCAUCAAAUGCCAUUCAUAAUUAUUCACUGCUUACUUUCCUCUUUAAUGUGUUUAGUUUAAAGUAUUAGUUUCAUGUAUAUUUUACUGUUUGAUUUAAAUGUGAGCCGGAGUUUCAUCUGCAAAGCCCAGUUCAAUAAAUUACCUCCCCAUCAGAUUUCCUUCUUGAAACUGAACUUUCUCCAAUCACCAUGUCUUUCUUUGACAGAUACCACAAAGCUAGCCUACAUUUCCUACCAAUGAACUUAAGUAACAGAUCACAUUUUAAAUUGCAAUUUAAUUUCGUAUAUAAAGCAAAGUAAAAUAUAUUUUCCAAAGGCAUGAAGGAAUGUAUGUAGAAAAUUAACAUUAGUUGUCAUAUUUUCUAAUAGAAAAAGAAGUUUUCCUGGGAACAAUGACAUUUUUUUAUUUCAUUCUAAUUGUUUUGCAAUGCACUUCCUUUCUUGUAAUAAUAGAAAGAUACUAACUGAAGAAUGAAUCUGAAUCACACCAACAUUUUUAAAUAUAUUAUAUAUUGUGUGCAGUGUCUAAAGAAGCAUAUUGUAAUCAGUUUAAUAAACAAUCAUUCUUCUAUAAAUAUAUUUUAAAAAUGUGGUUCACAUUAUAUUCUAUAUGUACAUUUAUUUAUGUUAAACUUUAAUCUUAAAUAAAAAUAUUACAUUUUUAGCAAAUGCAGAAGAAAGUUUACCUUUUUUUAAUACAAUUGUAAUCCACAUCAGAGUAGUAUUCCUAAAUGACCUUUAAAUUAUUACAGUAAUAUUAUUCAACCAGAAAAUGUUAAUAUACUGGUAUUCAAUUUACAAUAAUGCCCAUUUAAGAGAUUAUCCAUCACUAACAAUUCAGCUAGUCCUGUACCAUCACUUUGGUUCUUUACAACUGAAAAUAAACCAAGCAAAAAAGUAAUGUUCCCAACAGAAACUAUUUAAAAAGUAUUUUAAUAAAGAUAAAUAUUGAUAUUGUUUUUCAUAAAGGAGCACAAUGUUUGAUUAUAUUUUUUUUAUACUAACUGUAACAUUUGAAUAAGGUGUGCAAUAGUAAUCAGAAAUGCAUGUUCUCCUGUGACUUUUACUUUUAUUGAAAGAUUCCUGGGCAUUUGUUGUUAUUUGUUGACAUAUAUUUUAUUAUCAAUUACCAUUUUUAAGCUCUUAGAACUCUCCCUUCACAUAAGUAAUUGUACUUUUAUUUUGUGAAUGGAAAUGGUUAUCUUGUUGAGUAUUUCCUUAAUUUAAUGUACCACUUCUGAAAUCAUCUUUUGUUUCUGAUUGGAUUUCUCUGAGUUUUUUAGUACAUCAUUUUUAAAUUUUAGAGUUUUCUUCAAAAUGUUGUCCAUUUUCUUUUCUUUACUUUAUGACAUCAAUUAGUUGCUGAUGCUUCAAAGAAUCACACUACAAAGAAUUUAUUGGUUGACACUUGUUGCUUUCUUAAAUUGUUUCUCUGAAGACCCAAGUUGCUCAGAUUACAGUUUUGCUGGGUUACAGAAUUUAAUGUUUUGUCUGCAUAUGCCAUAUAUAUUUCACAAUGUUAGUUCUCUUAAUUCAGUUUCUUGUUUAUCCAGAGUUAAUGAAAAUGUUGUACGAAUUGAAAAAUUGCAUUUUUUUCUAAAACUUUUUUUAGGAUAGAAACGGCAAGUGAUAUUAGCAAAAAUAUAAUUUUAAUUAAAUUUGGGAGCUGGAUAUGUUAUGGAAAUAUAUUUCAGUAAAAAAUUGUUACUUUGCCACGAAAAUAGGGUGCAAUUUUUCAAUUAUUUUACAAUCUAUUUUUUGUACAAACCUAUGUAUUCCCUCACCAUAUGCAUCAAUCUUAAAUGGCAGUAAAAUCUAUUACUCCUGAUGUAUGUACCACAUGUAUAUGAUUAUGAAAUGCCAUAGUCUGCAGGAUCAUGACUCACUUCAAAAUGCUAUCUCAAAAUGUCAUUCCUGAGGCAUAAUCCAAUCUUUAUCCAUGCUGUCAAUCUAAUAUGUGAAUCUUUAUAUACAAGUGAGAUUCUUUGAACAGCAGUAGCUAUUAUAAAAUACACUAGGUAUUUAAGCUAAAUGUUUACAACAAUUUAUCGAAUCCCAAACCAGGCAAGAAAUAUUUCAAUACCAGUUACCAACAAAACUUACUGAUUUCUUAUUUCUUAAAUAUCUUCAAGAAUGAUUCUUUCUUAAAUACCUCCAAGAAGACUAUCAAACAUUGCACCAGUUUCUCAUUAUUUCCUACUC